UUUUUUGUUGUUGUUGUUGUUGAUUUUUGAGACAUUUAUUUUAUCUUUAAUUUUAACAAAAUUAUGAAAGGAAAAUGGGAAGUACCACUUUGGGUUAUAUCAAUGUUGUACAUUCUGCUUUUAUGUGGGAACUUUCAUCGUUGUAAUUCUAUGUGGCUAUGGAAUCGACGUUCGUAUUUUGGUACUAUGGUUUUUUCCCUUGAUGGAAAUGUCUAUCCUAAAGGGGACUAUCAAGCGACGCUGAAUGUAGGCCAACCUCCGAGACCUUACUCUCUCGACAUAGACACGGGUAGUGAUCUCACUUGGCUCCACUGUGGUAUACAAGGCGCGAAAUGUCUUCCGGCUCCUCAUAGUCCUUACAGACCGAAUAAUAAUCUUGUCAAGUCUAACGACCCCAUAUGUGCAUCCAUACAGUUGCCUGCGAACCAACCCCCUCGCGAACCUGACCAAUGUGACUACGAGGUUGUGUAUGCAGAUCAUUGUUCAUCGUUGGGAGUACUGGUGAGAGACGUAUUUCCAUUAAAAUAUACCAAUGGUAGCGCGGUUGUUCCUCCUCUGGUGUUCGGUUGUGGGUACGAUCAAGAGGUGCCAGCCUCCGCGCAUGCACCUUUUACUGACGGAAUUCUCGGUCUAGGAAGUGGAAAAGCGAGCGUAGUAUCACAGAUGAGCAGCAUGGGACUUAUCCGUAAUGUAAUAGGUCACUGCUUAAGCGGCCAAGGCGGAGGUUUUCUUUUCCUCGGAGAUGAUGUUGUUCCCUCUUCCGGGAUUGUUUGGGCACCUAUUGUACGUGCACCUUCAGAGAAACACUAUUCUUUGGGACCGGCUGAUGUACUGUUAGGUGGACAGGCAACCGGAAUAAAGAGUCUACCGAUGAUUUUUGACAGCGGAAGUACCUUUACAUACCUCAAUUCCGAAGCUUACAAUACUUUGUUGUCGUUGAUCAAGAAAAACAUAGACCCGAAGAAGCUGGUUGAUGCAGUGGACGAAAAGGCCUUACCUGUCUGCUGGAAAGGACCGACACCUUUCAGAUCCAUCGAUGAAGCCAACAGCAAUUUCAAGUCAUUAACAAUUAGUUUCACGAGCGCUAGGAAUGUUCAGCUUCAACUGACUCCCAAGUCUUAUCUUGUUCGUACUGAUAGUGGCAAUGUAUGCCUCGGCAUAUUGGAUGGUACGGAGGCUCAUUUAGGAGAUGCGAAUCUCAUCGGAGAUAUAUCUAUGUUGGACAAACUCGUGAUAUACGAUAAUGAGAAUCAACGGGUAGGAUGGAUUCCGUACAACUGCAACAGGAUUCCAUAGUCGUCAUUGCAACUGCACAGGACCUCACCGGAAACCAUUUUUGUUAUUGUAUCGACAGCGUAUAUCAUGUAUACAACUGAAGAUUUUGGUGAAAUAUCAGAGGAAGAAGCAAGUAGAAAGUAUGUUAGUAUUGUAAGCAUACAAAUGUUAUACAAAAUUCACUUGUAAUCAAAUAAUAGAAUAUAUAAUAGCAGCCUCUUUAUCUACAUA